AUGAGCUAUCAACAAGCCCAGGACAUGUAUCACGACAACUCCUCCGCGCGUUCCCCCGGCUCCCAGCGCCACCAGCAGCCGCUGCAUCGCCAGCCCUCGCGCCAGUUCGACGCGUACGGCCCCAUGCCCGUCAACCUGUACGAGGAGUCCAUGGCUCGCUACGACACCGCUCGGCUGGAGCGGAUCAACUCGUCGCUGCACAAUAAUUCCUACGCCUACGAUAUCGCGGGUUCUCAGACCUGGAAUCCGAAUGGAUUCGCCAACGCGCAGGCCCUCGGGGGCAUCCGGUCGGCGUCCACUAGCCUGAAGACGACCUCGCGCCCCGGCAGGGCCGGUCUGCCCACGACGUGGCUCGAUCAGCAGCCGGGUAUGCCGAGCCCCUUCUCGAAUCUCGGCCCUGGUCCCCUUCCCAGCAACGCGAUGCGCCCCGAGCCCACUGGUCCCUCGGAGACCGACGAUGAGCUGAUUCCCACCGCCAUCGUCAUCAAGAACAUCCCGUUCGCCGUGAAGAAGGAGCAGCUGGUGCAACUCAUGACUGAACUGAACCUCCCGCUCCCCUAUGCCUUCAAUUACCACUUUGACAACGGGGUCUUCCGGGGAUUGGCGUUCGCCAACUUCACGUCCGCGGAAGAAACUGCGACCGUCAUCGAGGUCCUCAACCACUUCGAGCUGCAGGGUCGGAAAUUGCGGGUGGAAUACAAGAAGAUGCUGCCGCUCCAGGAGCGCGAGCGGAUCGAGCGGGAGAAGCGGGAGCGUCGGGGCCAGUUGGAGGAGCAGCACCGCCCCAUGGCGGGCUCGCAGCUCCAGACCCAGAGCUCCAUGUCGUCUCUCACCUCGCACCUGCCCGCGACCUCGCCGUCCCCCGUCUCGCAGCGCGGCCAGAAACUGGAUGUCGAUCUGAAUGACAGCACGACCCUGUCCUACUACUCCCAGCUGCUGCUCUUCAAGGAGGAUACGGCGCGGGACAGCGUCCUGUUCCCGGCCAACCUGUCGCCCGUCCAGCGCCGCACCGUCCAUACCCUCGCCCACAACAUGGGCCUGGGUCAUGCGUCGCGUGGGUCUGGGGAGCAGCGCCAGGUGCAGGUGUUCAAGGUGGCCCCCGGUACCAACGUGAGCCCCCCGCUGUCCUCCAUCCCGGCGGCCGUGCAGCCCGCGGAGACGGCCCGUCGGGGCCUUAACCGCGCAGCGACGAUUGAUUUCAGCGAGUCCCGCAACGAGGGCCCCACCCACUUCAACACCCUGCGCGGCCAGCCGUCGGCAGGCUUCCUCGGGGUCCUGGACUCGCCCGGCAACUUUGGCAACACCCAGAACCUCCGGGCUGCGAAAUCGUUCGCGGACCUGCGCUCGUACACCCCGUCGCCGGUGCCCUCGUCGGCCAGCUUCCCCGCCGCCCUGCAGUCGAACGGGGCGCGCCUGCAGCACUACGACGGGACCACCAGCGGCGCGUCCAACACGCCGACGCUGACGCCCGCUCCGUCCGGAUCCUCCCUCGGCAUGGCGCGCGACGACGGCCUGCUGGUGAACAGCCUCAACAGCCUUUCUUUGGGCACGGGAAUUGGGGGGCCGAAUGCGAGCCCCAGGAGAUUGCGGGGUAUGUUCUCUUGGGAGCAGCCAGAAAGCCAGCCUUCUAGCGCUGGUCCCAUCGGUAGUAACCGAUCCAUCGGAGUUGGAUUUGACGGUCAAUCACAGGAGCGCAUGCCCAUUAGGCAGCCGAGAGGCCCGAUGCCCGAGAAGGGGCCAGGAUUCCGACGCCCGACCGGACACCAAUCGCGCGGGAGCGACGAGCUACGCACCAGCUCAGGAGUGGAGAUUAUCGUGGAGUAGAACGUUUGAUGGGAGACGAAGACGACGAAACUUGUUAGAUUGCUUUGCCGCAAGAUGCAUACGACUCUUAUAUCACGAGGCCUGAUCCUGUUCUGCGAUUAUUGGCUUACGAUUCGAUGAGGGAUGACGAGAUGACACUCAACCGAGAGAACCACAAAAGAAUAUUUCUCUGAUCUAGCCAAGUUUAGACGUUAUUUUGGGGCAGCCCAGCAGGCACGCUGUUUGAACGGACUUCUUUUUACGCUUUGUCCUUGAUUCUCGGAAAAUAAACCACAAAAAGAACGUUGUGAACUGGGAGACGCGGGCGCCUUGCAUGCAGGAACAUUAUUACCUAU